AAGAAAGCAGUAAGAUUUUUGGACUGUUAUUAUAUUCGAGUUAUUUACAAUUACAUGCAAAUUAACAGAAUUAGAAACUAUGUUUUCAUAAGAAGGAAAUGAGUUAUAUAGUAUGUCAUGGUCAUUUAAAUUAUAUUAUUUGGUGACGAUAUUUAAUGGCUUUCUAUAAUUGAUCUGUUUUGGAGCAGUCGCUGUAUUCUUUCAUGCCAGAACUUGGCAGAAAACUUGGUAGCAGAAAUAAUGGCAAGAUCAAGAGUGGGUGAUUUGGGAAUAGUUUUGAGAGGAUUGAAUUCAGUUGGACAGGCUUUCAUAGCUCAUCAAGAAGCUGUGUUUAAGGAAACUUGGAAUAAUUCUUCUGUUCGCCCAAAUUUUCAGAAGAUUAAAGUAGCAACUGAAGAAGUAUUGAGCACAGCGUUUUCUGAUGCACCACGUAAAAGUCAAACAUAUUCAGCAGAAAUAUUAGCCAGAUCUUCAAUGGUCAUAGAAGGAUUGAAGCAGUAUGUAAUAACCUCUACUUCAGUGAUGAAAAAUAAAACAGCUGAGAAAGAUGACUAUACUUUGUCAAGUCCUUUAACAGAAGAGCAAACUGAAAGUUUUGAAGUAAGGAAUGAAAAUUCCAAUAUAAGCUUUGGAAUAUCAGGAAAUCAUUUUAUAACGCAUUCUCAAGAUGUAAAGAAAUAUGCAGUACCAGUUAACCAUACUGUAGAGGAAAAGCUCAAAGAAGAUAAUACUAUGCAUGUAAUUAGUGAAAGCACCUCUUCAAUUCAAUAUAAUGCCAAAAAAAAUAAUCACUCACCAUUUUCAAAGGAAACUGCAAAUGUCAAUCAUAUUGUUGUUGACUCCAAAUUGGACUGGGGAGAAGGGAGCAUCUUAGAAGUGUCUGAUGCUCCAGUUGAGGAAAUUCUUGUUGCUCAACCAGUAUCUAACAAUGCAGUUCCAAGGAGCAAGCAGAAUGACUUCAAUAAAAGUCGGCAAACACAUACAACAUACAGCUCACAGCAAAAGUUGAGUGAAAGGUCAAGAGAAAGAAAAGUGCCAGCUUCUCGAUUAGGAAGGUUGAUGUCAUAUGGAGGAUUGGCAGCAGGAUUGGGAGUGGGGGCCAUUGCUGAAGUGACACGCCGUAAAUUAGGGUUAAAACAGAAGGAAGAAACAACGACUACAUCCAUACUAGACAGCAAUCCAUUUCUAACUGAGGCAAAUGCUAAUAGAAUAGUAAACACACUGUGCCGAGUUCGAGGUGCAGCUCUUAAAAUUGGACAGAUGCUUAGCAUACAGGAUAACUCUAUGAUCAAUCCACAACUUCAGAUUAUCUUUGAACGAGUACGUCAGUCUGCUGAUUUUAUGCCAUCUUGGCAAAUGGAAAAAGUGAUGGUGCAAGAAUUAGGAGAAGAAUGGCAGAACAGGCUACAUUUUUUUGAGCCCAAACCUUUUGCAGCAGCAUCCAUAGGACAAGUUCACCUAGCUACACUCCAUGAUGGGAGAGAAGCUGCAAUGAAAAUACAGUAUCCUGGUGUUGCUGAAGGUAUUGAUAGUGAUAUUGACAACCUGAUGGCGAUAUUGAGUGUAUGGGAGAUUUUACCAAAAGGUCUAUACAUUGAUAAUCUGAUAAAUGUAGCAAGAAAAGAACUUGGUUGGGAAGUAGACUACAAUAGAGAAGCCUGGUGCGCUAAAAGAUUCAAAGCACUUCUAGACCCUUAUCCUGAAUUUUUUGUGCCCGAAGUUAUUGAAGAGUUAAGUACGAAAAAGAUCUACACAUCAGAAUUAGUCUAUGGGACGCCAGUAGACAAGAUGAUGGAUGCUGAUCAAGAAACAAGGAAUAAAAUCUCAAAAUGGCUCUUGAAGCUGUGCUUGAUGGAGCUGUUUGUGUUCCGAUUCAUGCAGACGGAUCCAAACUGGUCUAACUUUUUCUACAACUCUGAAAAUGACCAGAUAGCCUUGCUAGACUUUGGCGCUUGUCGAGAAUUCAGUCAGGAGUUUGUUGACAAGUACAUGAAAGUCAUAAAGGCUGCAGCUGACCAAGAUCCUGAAGGGGUGCUGAAAAACUCAGUGGAAUUAGGUUUUUUAACUGGUUAUGAGACUGAGGUAAUGAAAAAGGCUCAUGUUGAUGCUGUCAUGAUCCUAGGUGAAGCUUUUUCUAAAGACAGUAAUUUUGACUUUAGUCGACAAGAUACAACAAAGAGGAUCCAUAACUUGAUUCCCACCAUGAUGCAUCACCGCUUGACUCCUCCACCAGAAGAAACCUAUUCACUCCAUAGAAAAAUGUCUGGAGUUUUUCUGCUCUGUAACAAACUAGAAGCUAACAUCAACUGCAAACUCCAGUUUCAAGAAGUGUAUGACAAAUAUACUAUGAGUAAACUCUGAUAAAACUCAAAAAUCAUACACAUUACUUAAAAUAGCAUUCAUUUAUAGAUGUAUAAUGAAGUAAUAGAUCUCUUAGAGAAGUUGUAGAUGUAUUCUAGGAGAGAGUAUGAUCAUACUUAGUAAAUAGACCUUAAACAGUAAAAAUGUUGACUGUUUUUAAAGUGUCAGUAAAUCACAAAUGUCCUUUACCAGUCAGUAUAUGAUAAAAGUUCUUUUGUUUCUUUUGACAAGACAUAGCUAUGUUAGUAUUUCCAGUUUAUAUAUAUAUUCAACAACUUUGAAAAACAGGCCAGUCAAAAUACAAGAAACAAGGCUCCAUCAGUGUAUAGUUGAUAACAUAGAUAUCCAUUUGUUAUGACAGGAAUUACUUUGAGUAUAAACUUUAUCAUGAA